CCUGAGCGCACGCUGGGCUCGUCCCGCCGCUCGAUUCGAUUUUCGAACUAAUUUGAAUUAAUCGCUGUCAGACAAGUUGCCGGCCGUAACUUUUUAAAGUGAAAAGUGUCGUGUUCGAGGAGCCGGAUUGCUUUUACUAGUGUCUGUUCGAUUUUUAAAGUUUUGUUUGAGUGUUUUUGUUUUGUUUUAGUUUGGGUUUUGAGUGAUUUUUGAAUAGGGUAUUCAGCUGAAAGUGUUAAAAAGUGAAACGCAGUGUAAAAUCGUGGUUUGUGAAAGUAUUCCAAAAAGUGUAAUUCCUAAUUUAAUGCAAUAUCUAUCUUUGUUUUAGUGUUCCGUUUAAAACUAAAUUAAGUGAUAAUCCGCGCUCCUCGUUUAAUAAAAUAGUUUUAAUUCUGUGCCGGUACAAUUUCAACUAGAGCCCUCCAUUUCGAACGUCAAUUAAGUCCCGUGCUUAAAAUAGUAAAAAUAUCAUAAACUACCAAGCUAAAACGGUUUUAAAGUCGUGCUUAACAGUCUGUAUUCCGCAUAUAAGAACGCGAGUGACACUAAACCAUAUCCCUCAAGCACGACUAGUGUCCACUGUGUGUAUUCCGCUCAUAAGAACGCGAGUGCAACAAAACCAUAUCCCUGCAAGCACGACUAUUGUCCACUGUGUGUAUUCCGCUCAUAAGAACGCGAGUGACAUAAAACCAUAUCUCUGCAAACACGACUAGUGUCCACUGUGUGUAUUCCGCUCAUAAGAACGCGAGUGCAACAAAACCAUAUCCCUGCAAGCACGACUAGUGUCCACUGUGUGUAUUCCGCUCAUAAGAACGCGAGUGAAACAAAACCAUAUCCCUGUAAGCACGACUAGUGUCCACUGUGUGUAUUCCGCUCAUAAGAACGUGAGUGACACUAAACCAUAUCCCUGCAAACACGACUAUUGUCCACUGUGUGUAUUCCGCUCAUAAGAACGCGAGUGCAACAAAACCAUAUCCCUGCAAGCACGACUAGUGUCGACUGUGUGUAAGAACGCGAGUGAAACAAAACCAUAUCCCUGCAAGCACGACUAGUGCACGACUGUGAGUUGAUGCCUUCACCAUUUCAAACCUCUGUGCGUCCGGCAGCACGCGCCCAGGCUCCCUGAAAUGGCUCGGCCUGAGGUUAUGCGAUGAGGGCGAGAUGGACGAGGCUAGCGCCACCAAGCGGCCGUCCGUGCUGACUAUUGACCGUGCUGCUUUUUUACUGCUGCGCGUUAAGCGCGCUUUUAAGAAGAAGCGUCAGCUGAGAAAGGAUAAACAUGCUGCGGCGGCCGCGGCGGCGGCGGAGGCGCUUGGAGCAUGCCGACGCGCCCCUCCCCCCCUUCUGCGCUCGCGCACCCUUCCCGCCAUCGUCGUGCCUGGCCUCUCCAUUCUGCAUGCACAGAUCGAUCCUGCUAAAAACGAUCUAACCCAAAGCCAGCUGCUAUGCCGCGGCGUCUCAACGCACAAGGUGUGCGGUCUGCGCGCGCAGACGCCGCGCAUAUCGUUCACGAGCAAGGACGAGGAGGGCCCCGAGCGGCGCAAGAGCGCGAGCAGCCGCCUCGGGAGCUCGCCGCGCACGAGCAUCGCCAGCGACGAGCACGGGACCGUGCUGAGGGUCCCAGGAGCAACUCCUCGAGGCUCGGUGUCCAGCACUGGCAGUUCUCGGCUGGCACGGCUGCUGACGCAAGGUGUAAGGGGGGAGGAGCUCACUACAGAUGCGCCAAGAAGGCUAAGCUGGGAGAGGCGAGAAUCCAUCGGCCAGUUGCCUCGCUCAGCUAGCAUCGAUUCUAUGGUAGAGGCGGCGAUAUGCGCACGCCACUCUGAGCCAGCCGCGCCGACGCUCGCGCCGCCUGGCCGCGCUGAUCGUGCGCUGAGUCUCGUUUCGCCUGCUGUGGGCAGACGCGCUAAGACACAGAGGGGACAGGCUGAACUCCAGUACGGCGCGCUCCUAGAGGGGUGCGGGGGGGAGUUGCCGUCGCUAUCUGCGUGCGCGCCGCUCCCCCCGCCCCUCGACAAGGCGAGGAGACAAAAGACGAGCGACAAGCUUGACAAAGUCGCCCAAGUUAACAUACACCAACACGCACUCUUCGCCGCCGUCGAACACGGGUACCUCGACAAAGCCAGGAACAUCCUUGAGUCUACGGAUGUCGAUGUCAACAGUGUCAACCCCGAUGGCCUAUCUCCGCUGGACGUGGCCGUACUGGCCAGCAACAGGCCGCUCGCCAAGAUGCUCAUGGAGUUUGGGGCUAAGGAGGGCACGCAAUUUAAAAACGCCGAUGCACUGGGAGCACACCUUCGACGGUUGACUCGGGAGGCCGAAGCGCGGUUACAUGACGCUGCCGGGUGCUUUCCGGAGCGUGCCUGUCGGGAUGACGCUUGCACAAGGUCGUCCGCAGGCAAGCAGGUGGACACGACAGGGUGCGCGGGCGGCGCGGGCUCUGAGAAAGACAAGCAAGCGCAGCAUUGGGAGCGGAGAGUGCGGACGCUCAAACGUCUCCUCCACGGGUGGCAAGCCCUAAGGGUGCCGGCUGCACCAGCGCCUCCCGACUUGGAAGUGUGCGGCGCGCACUCUGUCUCCGUUCGCCUGAGGGACCCCAGACUGACUCGAGAACAGCCACCUAUCACCAAAUACAAAGUGGAAUGGUCGUCCCGCGCAGACUUCUCCAACGUGUGCGGAACCCGUGAGGUGCCCUGCGCCGUGCACGGUGCUACCCGAGUUCUAGCGGCGGGGCUGACUCGCGGUCGGCGUUAUUUCUUCCGCGCCGCCGCCGGCAACCUGCGCGGGUGGGGCGCGCCCGCCUGCUCCACUCCACGAAGCGUCGUACCUAGUAGUUGGCGCGACGUCUCAACCCGUGCCCUGCGCGGCGACAGCGCGGGCGCGGCGGCGGCGCUGGAGGCGCUGGCGGCGGCGGCGGCCGGCGCCCGCACGCGCCCCGCCGCCGCGCCGCCGCGCCUGCCGCGCAAGAAGACCGCCACCAUCCGCCAGCUGUUCACUGCUGCUAGCAAGUUCCAGAAGAAUCUUAGAAGGGGCGUCUACUUGGCGUGCAUUCUGUACCACGAAGACAAGGUUCUGGUGACGAGCGAAGAGUUCCUACCGGUGAUCGAGGUCGACGAGACUUACCCUACGUGUAUCUAUACGGACUUCCACUGGCUUAUGAAGGUCUCCUGCGCAUGGGACGACGUAAAAGCACUUCGCUCAGACAUGGAGAAGCACACUUCAUCAUCUAUUCACUUCCGGUUGAAACUGCUAACGGCGUGCGCACAGAUGCAGUCAGCCCUUUGCAUUCAGGAUCUAGGUCAACUGUACCACAAACCGCUUCGAGACUCGCACGGCACAAUCGUCCUGUCUUGCGUGAACAGCGUCAAGUCCGCCAAAUCAGUCUCUGCCCUCAACUCUCGAUGGGCGCCAGUAUCUAGGCUUCGAAGACGCGUUCUUAGUGAAGAUAAUACCAUAGGAGAACUUCUGAUGGCAUCAGUGCAUGAACAGAUCGCGUACCACCAGGUGUCCCGCGUGCAACUACCCCGCGGCCUAUACCUGGGCUACCUAAAGCUGCAAUCAUCAGUAGAAGUAGUGCGGAUAGUCGCGCCCGCCCGAACUCCUAACGUGCCGCCGCACACUCGCGUUCGCGACAACCCACACGUGUCCGCUGAGGAAUGGGACUACCUAAAAACGCAAUCGGGCAACCCUUCAUCAGAAGACCCGCAAGCGAUCCCCGCGCUCGUGGCCAUGGGCAGCCAGGAGAAGCCGUCCGAGUCGCAGGAGAUGUUCCUCGACCACGUCGCCUCCGCCGCGCGCCGCCUCUUCAAGGAGAUGGACAUCUCCCUGGAAACUGCCAUCACCCACCGAAUAUACGACCUCGAGGUCAUCGAACUCAAUAGCGAUGUCAGUUUCAUCAUGCUAUGUCCGCCCGCGGAACAAGCUUGCUCCGUUCCAGGCCAAAAAGAAAUACUGCUACAGAAAGGGGACUUACUCAGCUUACCCAUCCAGGCGUUUGAGAUGAUACAUCUCCAAACCUAUCACACUAACAUUUUAAACAAGUACUCUAAACUUAGCUGCGUUUUAGAGUUAGAUGUCGCUUUAGCCGCCCAUUCACAUCGAGAAGCAUUCUCCUGCACAGAGCUUCAAACUGCCAAAGAGCGGCUAACUAAGCUAGAAGAACUCCAAAGCAAUCUAAAUACUAUAUGGAAAGCUGAGCGAUGGCUCAUGGAUCUGAUCGGUUUCGCCAGAGACAAAGACAAAGCUGCCCCCAGCUCUGGUAUAUUGCUCAAAUACGUCAUAGAAAGAAUGCCUUCGCAAUCCAGCGUCGACGGCUCUGACGCGGAAAAUAACGAAAACAUCAUGAAAGUCGAUUUCCUUCAAAUACCUUCAAGAGAUGGAAAGAUUAACAAAACUUCCCCCGGGAGAGGGUCCUGGCCUGGUCCCGCAGGCAACGGAAAUCACGCAAACUUACAUCCAGAGUUCAGCAAAUCAGAGCAACAACUAAGUCUUGCCCCUCGGCAAACUUCCAUCUCAACUCUCAACCUUAGCACAUCCCAAUAUCUCAAUGCAGAACCAAACUUCUCCAGAAAAGGUAGCGCCGACUCCCAAUACACGCAAUCGAGUGUUAGUAACAACUUCAUGAGCAGCAACUCCCAAUUCGACGUCAAGUCCCCAAGCUCACAUAGCACUAGCAGCAAUCGACUACCUCCGUCUCGAAGCGAAGACACCCUCGUCUUACAAGACAAUGAGCCUAAACCCAGACCGAACAGUACGCACGCCAGCAUGUCCACUACUUCCAGUCCCCUACUCACUGUAAAAGGCUAUUACCCUGGGAGUAUGAUCAGCGUCCGAGCUAAAGGCAUCGCUUCCGAAUCCGUUCAGAGUUUAUCAAGCGACUCCGAAAGCCAAAGCUGUCCUAUAACCACAGCAGUUCCUGUAAAAAUCCGUCCUCAGCUUAAACACAGAAAUCAACAUGUUAUAGCGUCUAAAAGCAUGACUAACGUGAAGUCAAGUGAUGUUGAGUUUACUGAUACUGGGCAGGACAUGUUCGCGAAUAAGUCGGGGUCUUGCGCGAAGAGACAGACGCUGUUGGAGGCUCAAGAGGAGGCGGAGUACCACAAUAAGGUUCCUAAGACUGAAGAGAACAGGAGCGACGACGAACGGCCGCCGGACCAGCCGGGGAUACUACAGGUGUUCGCCGCGUACGAGACCGGUCUCGCAGCGGGCACCUCGCUCAAGCUGCACGUGACCCCGCGCACGUCGGCGCGCGAGGUCAUCGACCUCGUGGUGAAGCAGCUCAACAUGGCCGCCGUGCUCAAGGGCAAGCCCGGCCCCGUCUACGGCCCCGAGAAACUGCACGACUUCUGCCUCGUAGCCGUCAUCGGCGCCAGAGAACGAUGCCUCCGGGACGACUUCAGACCGUUGCAACUCCAAAACCCGUGGAGAAAAGGGAGGUUAUACGUCCGGCUCAAACAUGAUGUGCUAGCCGCGCUGCAACAUUCUGCCAAGCAGCCCGCGUUCAUUUAAAAAAAUAGUUUGCUUUUAAAAGCAUGUCUAUGGACAUAUAUAUUUUUUAAAUAUGGCACAGCGACCUUGUCAGUAGAAAAAGGCUGCCAAAUAAAAGUCUAGUUUGCUUCCCAUUGACAAUUUAAAUUUCGCGCUUUUUCUACAGGCAAGUUGUGUGUGAAGUAUGUAUAAAUAAUUUCGUAGUCUUAAGUUGAUUUCUGGUGCCAAUUAUUUUUGUUGAUGCUUUAAUACGAUAGGUAAGUAAAAGUUGUGAGUACUUUAGUGUGUUUACAGAAUUUAUGGUGCUUCUCACUGUAACGGGAUAUAGCCACUCUUUCUAUCGAACUUUCAGUACCUAGCUCUAGACUGGCGUAGUUUUAUCGCUUUCCCAAAUAUAGUUGGGCCAGCCGUAUCAUUAGGAAGCGGGUAAAAGAAGAAAUAUUUACAACCAGAGACAAGAAAUAACCGCGAUGCAACCAGACCAACCAGUGAGAAAUAAAAUAUUUUUUUUUCUUAUGAUACGAAUGGCUGGCCAAAUUAUAGCUUGCAGGUUAGAUCGAUUCCAAUCUCUUGUCGUUCUCUAUUUAACAAAUCUAAUUAUUUAGGACUUAAGGUACAACAGUGUGUGAUUCUGUGACAGUCUAGUACUCUAGUUAAUAGCCGUUUGUGCUCAUUAUUUUGGAUAUCAAAUUAUUAAUAAAUGUAAAAAUAAUUGUGAUCAGUCAUAAAUUACUUCUUUCAAACAACACUAAAGUUACAAUUCAUAACAUAACCCUACAUGUAAGCACCAAAGGAUUGUUUGGAACUAUCAGCUAACUUCAGAUUAAUCCAAAGAAAGAGUUUAAAUAGUCGGAAGUUAGCUAAGUGAUAUUCAGAAUUGAGAAGAGGCAGCCGUUUAAAAAUACAAUUAGUGAAAAUAAAAGGUUUAAAAAAAGGCGUAAGUAUAAUAAACUUUGACAAAUUAAAAUUUGAAACUCUAAGAUGAUUUUGAUUAGUUAAGUAGGUACUUAUCUCAAGUUUUAAUCUUUGCCAUAACGUACUUACAUUUUUAUUCAGACCUAUUCACAGCGUCAGUAAAAAGGCGGAAAAUAAAAAAGCUAUAACGUGCUAAAGAGUUUACUACAUUAACUAUAUAGUUUUUGCGAUCUUUUCUACUAAUAAAGUGGAUGUAACUGACUACAGUUAUAUAAGUGUCACCUUCAUACUUGGGUAAAUCCAUUCUGCUUUACGGUUGAAUAUAUAAAAAAUAUAAUGUGAUCUGAAAGAUAAUCAACCUUACAGCACGAUGGAUUUACCCAAUUUUCAAGUUAAGCGACAUUCCGAACGCGACGAAUUUCUCAACUUGCCCUUUUUAAUUCUGAAUAUCAAUAUAACUAUACAUCGAAGUGCCUGGUUAAUUUGAACAACAUAGAAGUCAUAUCACGUAGGAAAACAGGGUGAUGAAUAUAUAUUUUGGAACACAAGCUCCUAAGUCACAGUAAGAAAAGUAUCGAAACUAAUUUUACAUUUACGAAGAUUUAAAAGUACUUCAAGGUCGUGUAACUAUUAUAAUAAUCUACUAAGAUUUUUUAAAUAAGCUCAGCAUGUUUGAUUGGUUUGUAAAUUAUUGUAUUUUUUUUUAUAAUUUGGAGGUUUAAAUGUUAAUAUUUACCUCCAGUAAGUUUUAAACAUAAAACAUGUUUUAUUUCAGAGAAUGAAUGAAAUGCGAUACUUAAGAGAGUGUAUGAUAGGUGCCAGGAUGCCAGCACAUUAAUGUUUGUGAAGAUAUUUAUUUUAUAUUUUUAAAUGUUUUAUUUUGUCUGAUGUAGAUAAUACUUACCUGCCGGUAAGAACGUUUUUGGUCGUUACUAACUAAAUUGAAAACGGAAUGUCGGUGUAGGUACGAAUUUUCAACUCGAAUAUGUUACUUGCAAUGAGGCAAAAGUAUGUACCUAAUAAUAAAAGUUUUUUUUGUUUCUGCUUCCUCAGACGAUAAAUCAGACAAGAUAUGGGACUAAUCAUAUUUUGAAAUAUAUAGGCUAAUUCACCCAUAGAUCUCUAACGAAGUAUUCUUUUAACUAUUUAAUUUGAUAUAGUCAUAAAUACGUUUUAUUUUCGUAGCAAUUUGUAGAACUAUAAAUGGAAUAAAUACUCAAAAUAAAUUAGUACCUAAGUAGGUACAUUUUGUUUCUAUGGGAAAUGUAUAUUUUUGUAGUUAGCCAUUGUGUACAAUACUAAAUGUGUAAUGAACGAUUGUGAAAUAGAUAUAAUAUAAAUGAAUUAAAUAUUAUCAAUGAUUCGAGCCAUAUUUAGAGAGGGAUUGCAGUUGUUGUAAUUACGAAGCCUAACUUAAAUGUCUUAUGAGAAAUAUAAUAGAUUUAUUUUAGAUUAUUAUAUUCACCCGUCUGCCGCGGUAUGAGUACACUUAAGAUCGAAAGUCCUUUACCAGAUUACAACCGAGAUGUCGACGUCUGUCAACUUCCUAAUUCGAUUAACGUAAUUUUUAAGUAAUUUACUUACAUACAAAAAAAAACUUCUUAGGAAAAGUCCAACGGUUGGACCUUUUUCGUCUAUUUUCAAACCUUUCAUAUGUACCUAAAGAUUUUUUGUGGGCCUUGUGAAUACACGGAAUAGUUAUACUUUUUUAUUUGAAAUCUGCAAUAUUAGCCGAAACAUCACACGAAAGUAACUAUCUAUAUCUUGGGUUACCUAUGAAUUAUCAAUGAGAUGUCAUAUCAGUUAUAUUUUUGUCUGGUUGUAUUUGUUGCCCCCGGUGGAUAUAAUCCACGGUUGAUAGAGUAUUUGUGGUUAAACUACGUGAAAUACUGAUAAAGAACUUUUUAAGGUCCUGAGUGUACGUUAGAACUUAGACAAGUUGAAGUUUAACGUGAUGCACAAAAAUAAAUGUAAUUCAAAUCUU